AUGCUAUCAGGGCAUGACCACAACCAGUGCAGAGUUGUCCAAUCCACUCCUUUUGGGCCAGUAAUGGAGCAGACCCUUGGGACAAUAAGCUGGCAGCAAGGAAACCUGUAUCCAUCUUUUAUGCUGAUCAGGAGAACAAACUGCAAAAAAUGUGUUAUCUGGGCAAAAAGUGAUGACAUAGGAAGAGAUCUGAUCAAGUUGUCUAAAGAUGUUAUGACAUAG